AUGGACUCCAGCCUCCGGCUGAGCGUUGUCCUCGUGCUUCUCUUCGGCCUCACGCGACAUAGUGUUGACGGAAUCUGCAGUGUGGAACAUUGCACUGACUCUAAGAGAUGUGUUCUGUCCGAAGACCAAAGACGCUGCAAAUGUGCCAUGGGAUAUUAUUCUGACCAGUGUGACAAAAAUGCACACAUUAAAGUUAUGUGUGGCAGAGACUACAUAGCAAUCAGAGCAGUGGAGGAUUUCUUCAAGUAUCAUAACGUGCCGCUGGAGUCCCUGCACUUGCCCAACAAAUCUUGUCGUGCUCAGAGAGAAGUCAUUGAUGAUGUGCCAUUCUACAUAUCCAGGAUAUCCAAAGACAAAUAUGUGACUUGUGGAGGCAAGCCGCUGGAGAAAAACUUUACUCACAUCUCAUACACUCUGAGUCUACUAUCAGACCCUCAAGUUAGUGGAAACAUCAUCAGGGAUCCAGUCAUUAAGAUGGCCUACACAUGCGUCUAUCCAUACAUGAGGAGAGUCAGUCUGCCUUUCCCAGUGGUCCCAUUUUCCAGUGAGAAGGUGAUGCGCGUAGAUGAACUUGAUGCCACAAUACAGAUGAUGCUAUACACAGACCACACUUACACUAAGGCUUUCAGCAGUGCCCCCACCAUUGAGCUCAGAGACAAGGUGUACGUGGAGGUGACAGUGACAGAGCCUGCAGAUUUUUUCCUGCUUCGUGUCAAUGAGUGUUGGGCCACACCGUCUCCCCAGCCGAACACAACAGAGGGAUCAGUUCAUACUCUGCUUCUAAACGGGUGCGUGAACGACCGAACCGUCUCCUUUAUUAAUGCGAGCACGGGACAGUCUGGACGUAACGGAGAGAGUUCCACCAUCCGCUACAGCUUCGACAUGUUUCGCUUCACAGCAGAGCCGCACAACCUGUAUCUUCACUGCACUGUACAGCUGUGUGAGCCAGACGACCACAAGUCCUGCACCCCCAACUGUAAUUCGAUUAGUAAGAGAGAAGCAGUGAGAGCAGACCCAGUCCAGGGCCUGCUGUCAUAUGGACCCAUCAAAAUCGAAAUGCCAGAAAGACCUCUGUCCAGCAUACUGAUGACGGUGGUGCUGCCUGUGGCAUGUGUCUGGACUGUGGGCUUCUUCCUCAUCAUCCUCAUCACUGUGGCAAAGGCAGGCAGCAGGAGGGUCGCACAAAUGGAGCACUGA